AUGCGAUCCAAAGAGCCGUCGAAGGCGAACAUACCAAGCUCCUCUGACAGAGACCCCAUGACCCAUGGGAUAUCUCAGCCAGAGGCGAGCAACCACGAUUCUCAGGUGACACUGGUGGACUCGGAGACAGAACCCACGAGUCGCAGUGAGCAGCGCGGGUAUCGUCGUAAGGCUUCAGUCAGGGCACAGGUUUCAAUUGCAAGUCACUUCGAGACAGGCGGAGCAUUGGAUUCCCAGACGACGGAGAUGCAGUGGAUGCAUGGCUGGGAGCAGCAGCCCUCGCAAAAUAGUGAUGUGGUUCAUGCCGAGGAUCAGAUCGCCCGGGACGUAUCAAACGGGUUAGAUGACGACAGAGAGUCUGUCUUCGAGGGAAGCGAUGAGGUGCACCAAGGGCGGUCCUCGCCGGCCUCAUAUCAUGGUAUAGAAAAUGACCUCACGGACGCACUCGAGGCUCAACUUGAGGAUGCCAAAGCCUCAUGCGUAUUCCAUCGCAUACGUGCAGAGGCCCUCAACUUCGAGGUUCACCGGCUCACUCGUGCGCUGCAGACGGCCGAAAAUGCCCUGGAAGAGGCUCGGUUGAAGCUCAAAGAGGUGGUGGCAAAAUAUGAGGCUGCGGGCACAGAACGUGGGGAAUCGGAUGGGGGUCGCACAACGCUCAAGCGUGCAAAGAGAGGAGUGUAA